AACCCGAAGCACGUCAUCUUCAGUCGCCUCUCCGUGUCUGCUGAUCUCGAGUCCCGCAUCUGUGUGGAUGGAGAGAAUGGGGCCGGGAAGUCUACCAUGCUGAAGCUGCUUAUGGGAGACCUGGCACCUGUUCAGGGCAUCAGACACGCUCACAGGAAUCUGAAGAUUGGCUAUUUCAGCCAGCACCAUGUGGAGCAGCUGGACCUAAACGUCAGCGCUGUGGAGCUGCUGGCACGCAAGUUUCCUGGGAGGCCUGAGGAAGAGUACCGCCACCAGCUGGGUCGGUAUGGCAUCUCUGGAGAACUGGCCAUGCGCCCGGUUGCCAGCUUGUCUGGGGGCCAGAAGAGCCGAGUGGCCUUUGCUCACAUGACCAUGCCCUGCCCGAACUUCUACAUUCUGGAUGAACCCACAAACCACCUGGAAAUGGAAACCAUUGAGGCUCUGGGCCAUUCCCUCAACAAUUUCAGAGGUGGCGUGAUUCUGGUGUCCCACGAUAAGCGCAUCAUCAGGCUGGUGUGCCGGGAGCUGUGGAUGUGCGAGGGAGGCGGCGUCACCCGCGUGGAGGGAGGAUUUGACCAGUACCGCGCCCUUCUCCAGAAGCCGUUCUGCCAUGAAGGUUUCCUCUAGGGCCACCAGGCUGAGGACUUGCCCAGGACAUGGACUGUCUCAGACCCCUGGACCACCACCUAGGCAACCAACUCCAGGCCAUGAACUUCCCCCGACUUGGGGAUAGCCUUAUUCCCAAAUGUCUCUCUCCUUUCGACUGGAGCAUCUUCUGCACAACCUUGGGAGCCCAUCCAAAGGUUGGUGAGGACUGGUCUCCCAGGGUACGGGGUCUGGGGGGUGCCCUCCGGGGUUAUAGAUGCCCACACUGCUCCAGCUCUGACUGGACCCCAAGGGGCUGCUAUGUAAAUUAAAUCUCUCCCUGCAUC